UUGAUGGCGCUGAAGAGAAUGGGAAUUGUCAAAGACUACGAGAAAAUCCGCACUUUUACAGUUGCAGUCGUAGGCGUAGGGGGAGUUGGCAGCGUGACUGCUGAAAUGCUGACAAGGUGUGGCAUUGGUAAGCUGCUUCUCUUUGAUUAUGACAAAGUGGAACUGGCAAACAUGAACAGACUCUUCUUCCAACCUCAUCAAGCUGGCUUAAGUAAGGUGCAAGCAGCAGAGCACACUUUGAGGAACAUUAAUCCUGAUGUGCAAUUUGAAGUCCACAACUACAACAUCACAACCCUGGACAACUUUGAACACUUCAUGGAUAGAAUAAGGAAUGGCGCGCUAGAGGAAGGGAAGCCCGUCGAUCUGGUUCUAAGCUGCGUGGACAACUUUGAAGCUCGCAUGGCCAUUAACACGGCCUGUAACGAGCUUGGACAAAUCUGGAUGGAAUCUGGCGUAAGCGAGAACGCUGUGUCAGGCCACAUACAGCUGAUGGUACCCGGUGAAUCGGCGUGUUUCGCGUGUGCUCCUCCACUUGUAGUGGCUGCAAACAUUGAUGAGAAAACAUUGAAACGAGAAGGAGUUUGUGCCGCCAGUCUUCCUACAACUAUGGGAGUUGUGGCAGGAAUUCUUGUACAAAACGUUCUGAAGUAA